AUGUCCACAUCUAUAUUCCGUUUCGCGAAAAACAUAUAUAAAAGUGGGUUCAAAAGAGCAGCAUGGCAAUUACAAGUACAUAAUGAUGUAAAAAGUGGUUGGUUAGUAGGUACAGAUGAUUUUGGUAAUAAAUUUUAUGAAACUGAUUCACCAGAAGAAAUCCAUUUAAGAACAAGAUGGGUAGAAUAUAGUAGUUGGCAUCCAGAUAUGUCUCAAGUUGAACCAGGUUGGCAUUAUUGGUUAGGGUAUGGUACAAAUACUCCUCCAAAUACUUUACAAGGUUCUGAAAAAACUGUUAGAGCUUAUCCAUUACCUGCAAGACAUAAACCUAAUUUAACUAAUACUCCUGGAGCUUAUGUAUGUUAUAAUACUGCUAAACCUAAAUGUGAAGCUUGGACUCCUGAAGUAAAGGAAAGAGUAUAG